AGUGCACCGAGCACGGCAGACCCGUGUCGCAGGAUCACGAGAGGGUGUGCGUGUUUGCGGCUCAUGCUCAGAGUGGAGAGUUAUCGGGGGGAUUCUCCAGAUCCGUGCGUCUCGCCGACGUUUAUCGACGACGGUUGUCCUCGCGAGUGUCAUUCGCCUCCCCGUGGCGGAGCAACGUGUGCGUCCCGUUUCGUCUUCUCCUUGGUGGAUUCUCGUGCGUGGUGUCUCGUGCGUGGUGCCCUUGCAGAUCACGGUGUGUCCGAGUUCGCCACGAGACGAACGUGGAAACACGCGAUCCACGAAAUUGCAUGAACGGCAAUCACACGCAGUGCUGGCUCGCUCGCUCGCUCGCUUCUGCUUCCGAAUCGCGAGCAACAGAACGGGACUUACAUAAAUAACGACGCGCCGAUUCGUCCCGCGAGCUCUAUCAACUAGAUCAAGCACUCAUCGUUUCGAAUUUUGCACCGUAAUUGUCAGAAAUAUAUCAUCACGAGGAGGUCAAGAAAGACACGCGCUUCCACAGCACCGUUUCUUCGGACAGCUCUCCUCGCGCGAAGAAAAAAGCAAAGGAAAUCACUUCGCUUUUUAACAAAGCCCGGACGUGUCUGCUUGCGCUGGGAAAGAAUAGGAUGCUUCUUUGCGCUUUCCUCGGCACGAUGACCGAUGAUGUUGCGAAAUUCGUAAUCGCGCGCAGCGACGGGAUAUAAUAACCAUCCGGCAACGGCGAUUGAUCGAAUCGUGAUACCUUAUUCUCGGCUCACACUCGAGUGCGGUAAAAAGGAAAAGCGUCGCGGAUCAUCGAGAUGAGCGGGAUGAAGAAGGCGAUCGGCGGAUCCAUUCAUAGGAUACGGGAGUUCGAGCUCGAGAAGGUAAACUUGAUCGACGAGUUCGACAUUCUGCAGAUCGUCGGCGAAGGAUGGUUCGGUAAGAUCCUGUUGACCGAGCACCGCAGCACGCAGACCGAGAUGGUGCUGAAGGCGCUACCGAAGGCUUACACCGGCAUCUCGGAUUUCUUUCGGGAGUUCCACUAUGGCUUACAUCUGGCGGCUCACAGAAACAUCAUAACCACUUAUGAUGUGGCUUUCGAGACGGCCGGCUUCUACGUUUUUAGUCAGGAGUACGCCCCGCUCGGCGAUCUCACGUCGAACGUGACAGAGACGGGGUUGGGCGAGCUCCACGCGAAGAGGGUCGCCAGGCAACUCGCCGCAGCGGUGCAGCACAUACACAGCCGUGAGCUGGUGCAUCGGGACAUCAAGCUCGACAAUAUACUCGUAUUCCGAAGCGACUUCUCACGGAUUAAGCUCUGCGACUUCGGCGAGACCAGGCGGGUCAAUACCGUGGUGCGAAGACACAACGAGUGGCUGCCGUACUCGCCGCCCGAGGUACUGCAGAUCGACACUGACGAGACGUACAAAGCUCGCACGACGCACGACGUCUGGCAAUUCGGCAUUGUCCUAUUUGUCUGCUUAACCGGCUGCCUGCCAUGGCAGAAGGCGGCGCCGGACGACCCGCGGUACACCAGAUAUCAAAACUGGCACAACGCGACGCUGAACAUCGCCAAGAAACCGAAAUUAUUUCAGCUGAUCAGCUCACGAGCGCAGAGAAUGUUCAAGAGGCUGCUAGACCCGAAGGCUGACAAGCGACCUGUUAGCGUAUUCGAGGUGAAUAAAUAUUUAGAGGACAGAUGGCUGGCGAAACUCGGAGUCGAGAAAGCGUUGAAUGGCGGUGUCGACGAACGCGACGAGCUCUGUCCCUCCAUGUACAGCUUCCACAGUUCCUUAGAGGAGAAGAAUCAGCUCCUCCACACGCUCACCACGUACGGUAUUGAGACGACGGUGGACCGGUCGAAAAAGAAGGACCGCAUCAGGGAAUGGAUACAGUCCAGCGCGAUCGUCGAAGAGAACGAGGAGGACGAGUCGGAUAUGUACGAGGACUCAGAGGUCUAUGAGGAAGAAGACCGCGACAUCGACGGAAACGAGAGCGAAGAGGCCGAGCCCGUGCCCAUGAGAGGUAGACAUUUUCCGGAAAGACGUCCGAGCGCAGGAACGAACGACUUUCGGAAGAGAAGGGCUGGCAGAGUCGUCUCGAGUCCGUCGAAAAGCAGAGUACCCACACAGCAGGUCGAAAGGAAGAUACCCUUCUCUCCUCAAGUAGCUGAAGAACGUGAAACGAUCGCACGGUUCGCCAGUUUCCCGAACGGCGAUCCGAGUUUGGCCACUGCCGCGAGCAACGGCAACGAUCAGACUCACGAUCGCACACCUACAUCACUGAAUGCACCCUCCGACGCGCCGUCGAUGACAAGUCAUCUAUUUGCGAGUAAUAUCCAGUUGCCUUCGUCGAGCACCAACGGUCGAAACGUCAAGAGUUCUACGAAGAAUAACGCCAUAAACCCUCAGGGUGAUAAGUCCCCUGUCACAGCGUCAGCUACCUUCCCGAGCAAGCAGUCGCCGCCGAAGAUCACGACGAACUCGUCGGGAAACAACACCGUCGGCAGAGCCUUGCCGACGAGUCCACAGAUCCCGGCUCGGAAGAAUCGCGCUCACACCGCGCCGUUUUCAGACGCAACGACCACGCGAUCCGCCGAGAACCGAACAGAAUCGAGACGGCGAACACAGUCAGCGACGGUCCUACGGUCCGUGGAAACGGAUGAGUCGCCGCCGUUGCCACCUCGAGCGGCACCGACGAAGACGCCCGUCGCGUCGCCGCAUCCGUCCACUAGACGGUCGGACAAUCUUGCUGUUGCUGCACCAAGCUCGCGAACGGCGAGGUCGAUUUUGCAGCCUCGAGGCGUUGCCGCGCCGAUGAUGAGUCCGAUGGAGACGCAGCCUCCUUCGAAUAAUAGCGCUCUUACUGCACGAGUCGAGGACUCACCGCCGACAGCCGCUGUACAGAUCGCGACGUCAGCGAACACGGUCGUCGUGUCGACCGCCUCGCAUCUGGUGAUGCAAAGUUUCAAUACCCUGCAGGGUAUCGCGAGCGGCGGCGGUAUGUCUCCGGCGACCACCACCCCGUUGAUGAACGCGAACAAACUCGGUCAGUGGUUCAAUGAGGAAGAGGCGACCUUGAGCUACGGCAAAGACGCGUACGCUCACUACGGCAUCGCUCACGGAGCUAUAUUGCCGAUAAGGGUUGGUGUCGUCAGGCAGGACUCCACUGGCAGCGGCAGUCGAUCUGUGAGCAACUGAUGAGCGUGAAGAAUGUGUCGGAUUGUUCUCAAGACUGAUGGUAGCUGGAGCCUCGCGCAAGCUACUCGGGCGAGCUCGACCGGACACCGUCAGCGUACUUGGAGAUAUAACCAGAUUCAGUAAGAUGUAGUGCGAAGUACUCUAUGAAGAAAUACAACGUGGCUCGAGGAAUUCACGAAGACAAGCGGAGCAACGUCGAGUAUGUACACGUAUCGUCACUUGUGAUAUUGAUGUUUCCUGUCUAACGACGUCAAGUUCAUUGGGGACAGAUCAUCGAAGGAGGAAUCACUGAGGGUUUCUUCUUCGGCGUACACCGAUGCGACGUGUCGAGUAUACGAAAUAAAAUAAGAGCGUGACGGAAGUAACGUUACAACAAGACCGCUCGUGUUUGGACGGUCGCUACAAUACGUUGAUUAUUUUCAAGGGACACUUAUAUCGCCACGUGUUACUCGCUUCACCAAGCAUAACGAGAUAAAAUUAGCGCGACGCCUCGCAAGAGUUGCACCGUACGCGGCCGUCCUCGACGCGGUUAGCUGCAGCCGUUAUCGACCGUGGGACACAAUGAGAAUUCUUAUUGUUUCAACGUGACGCGCGAGACUUGGACUUUUAAUGUGAUUCCGUGGACUUUCACGUCUCACGUCGGAUGUCUUUCGUUGCGAGUAACGUACAGGGAAAUAUUACGUACACGGAGAACACGCGCUUGGUUUGAAUAGAUGUGUCUUAUGAUAUAUUAAAGUAGUCGUUUCGCGAUAGUACUACUGAAAAGUUCAAUUACGUGAUAAAAAGAUGGAGCCGUAUAAUUUUGGAUGAGAUAUGAAUAACAGCAUGUAUUUAAAAAUGUAUUAUACUAAUAUUUGAUUAGCUUUCGAUCUUUGCCCAAUUACACAAGCAGUUAACUUUCCGCAUUAUAUUUUUAUGAUAUACCGUAUAAUCUGGGUCUGUCAGACCUUUGAACUUUGUUGAAAAUCGAUAUUUUUGAACACUUUUCUAGAAAUAUAGAGAAUUAGCCAUGAGAUAGCUAUGCAAUAGUAAUUCAACAAAAUCUACAAAUGGAUUUGCGCUAUUUUCGAAUAAUAAUGAAAAAGAUUUCUUAUAAAAUGAAAAAACUCACUAGAAAUGUGCGAAUUAAAGAUUUUUUAUGUCGAAUCGAAUCGAAUCUCAGAUUUUAAUUUCGAAUUUGAAUCAAAUCGAAUCGUUGAAAGAAUUUUUAAUUGACAUAAUCGAAUAGUUUGCACAUCUCUAAAACUCACUUUUUCCCUGUACAGUCGACGAAUUUCUUCUGAUUGAGAUAUUUAAGCGAAAUCAACGGGAUUUUACUAAGAACUGAAAGUUCUGAAAGUUUUUGACAGAACAUUGGCAUUGCAAAAUUUUAAUUUUUAUUAACUUCUUGCAUUUUGUGAUGUUAUUUUUAAAACACUAAUUUUUCCAUCAAGCUGUUCCUGCAAUUGCUGAUAGUGCCCAUCGCGAACCCGAUUAGAAUUUACGAUUUGUUUUAUCAAAUAUGAAAACUUUUAAUUUACUAUCAAAUUAGAAAACGUAAAAAUUAAUAUCUGUACUUCUUUGAAAUAUGAUAAAAAAAUUGCGUACAAUUUCAUACAUAACAGACGGGUUGUCGUAAAUCAGGCAAUAUCGAAUACAUAGAAUGACUAAUUAACGACACCGAUGAGCCUAAAUAAUGUUUUAUAAACUUGAAUAAUAUUUGAGUUGACAUACAGAGUCUAAGUGAAACGAAUUUCUAAGAAAUUUACUUCACGAGACAACUGCCUUAUUAUCGUCGUGUUCACUUUCCAUUCAGUCAAAACUAGCUCCGCAAAUGUUGUGGAUGUGAUUUGUCCAAAUGAACGUAAACAUAAGGCAACGAAUUGUCCACUAGUGCCAAAGACGUAAUCUGUGUAAUAAGUGCGUAAUCUGUGUAAUAAGUGCGUAAUCUUCGAGAGAUGAUAUUUGUUGUUUCAACGUGUUGUUUAUUUUCCUUAUUGAGAGCUUGUUUAUACGAUAAAUUGCAUUGCGACUUGGCUUGUCGCAACGCGACAACUGACGCAAUUCUAAAAACGACAAAAUGGGAUGUAUCGUACGCGACGAUAUUCGUUCUCGACGGCAAUGUUUCACGAAGACCUGAAGCCGUUUGAAUAAAUCACACGAUAUCGUAUCAGACGUACGCUCUCGCGUCGCCGACGCGCACUAAAUAGCAGAUUGUCUACGUUAACUCGCGCGUUUCCGCGGACCGUUCACACAAAUAGCCAUAUUUCAUCCUUGCCGCCGCUUUCGAGGCGGGGUAAUAAAGAGAAACGAUCGAUCCGAUAAGUAUACGCGCGAAUGACUCUCACGCGAGGAUAAGGAUCGUUUAUUAUAAUCGUCGAUACUCUCGCCGGUGGUGCCGGCACGUCAAGGUUAAUGUGCAGGCUCAUCGGCGCCGUUAAUUAGUCAUUCUAGGUGUUCGAUAUUGCCUGAUUUACGACAAGAGUCUGACUUAGAUAAGCUCCCUUCGGCGGGAAGUCUUGCUUAAACUCCGUCGUUGUUGUCGUCGUCGUCGUCGUCGUGGUGAGACGUCGCGAUUAUUAGCGUCGCACGAGGAACAAGGACGACGCAACGUCGGCGACGACGACGAAGAGAGCGGGGCGAGGUAACGUCACGGCGAAGGGCCGACGAGAGUGCGCGUUUGGCGAUGUGGAAAUAAUUCCGGGGCGGGUCGUGGCACGAAUUAAUUAAGAGAUACAUAAGUAGCGCAUAUUGCGCAGGAGACGCAAUUACCGCCGUCUUUGACGCCGCGAGUAACGCGGCAACGUGCGAAAGAUAUGGGGAGGACCGCGAAGGUAGUUUGUUGUUUAUCGUCGGGGCUAACUGGCGGAAUAUUACGAUGCGACCGAGUGACUCGAAAACUUCGCCGACGCGUGUGUUAAUUAGCGUUAAAGUUGAUUUUACCAGCGAUAAAUUCGCUAAUUUACACGAUUUUUGAUCGCGCACGCGGAAUCUAUUCGCUCAUACGAGAUCUUACGAUCAACUCUGUCUCAUCAUAAUCAGAUGCUGGAUUUUUUAUACCGCCGCGAUGCUGAUACAUAAUCGGCAUUGUGUUGAAGAUUUGAAUUACAAAGUCAGAUAAAAUAAAUAAAAGUAAUCUUUCUCACUUUCGUAUACGUCAAUUCUCCGAAAUAAGGUUGUUCAAAGUUGAUUUUACACCUCGGCUGUCUCCGCAUGUCGAUGCGUAUCCGAGUCGGAAUUUUGAUCCUACUUCCGCCUCAAUAUUCUAUUUAACGCCUAUUUUGAUACUUUAAAGUCUAUAUCACAAUGUCUUUUGUCUCAAAACGAAAAUAAACAUAUGAUUUAACUAUCAGGUAGCUUACCAAAAAGUUGGAACAAUCGGCUUUUAGAGGCGUUAAAAGGAUUUCAAUUUCUAUGUGUUACACAUACACUGAUCCUUCAAAAUAUACAGGUAUUAGAAAGUUUUAAGUGAGAAGUACGGCUAAAAUUUCGACUCGGGAAAGGUAGUGGUACGCAACAUUGUCGCGGUCUCAUCAGAGAGAUUCACCGCUCGUCGACAAGGCCGCUUAAAAAGGUCAUAGCGACAUCAAAUAAAAUGCGUUGGGAAGCUUGAAUUGUCCCGUAUACGAUGAGGUAUCGAUCGUUUCUCGAAGUCAUCGUUUAAUUCUGUGCUCUUGUGUUGAAGAUGAAUCGACUAUCACAAAAGCCCGACUUCGAUAUUGAUUCGAAUGAAUCGGGGAGAACACGAAAUCUUAUUGUAAGCGAUAUAAUACGCCGUUUGUUAUAGCGUAAGAAUGAAUUGUAAUUUAAUUUUUGUAAGCUGUUUGCGUUCUCGUUAUAUGUUUCGAUUGUAUGGGUAUACGAGUACUUAUUUCUCGGUUUAUUGCUUCGUGGAAAAGCCUUCGACUGUGAUGGCGUUUACCUCAUUCAGACAGAUCGUUUUGCCUGAUAUCGCCAUGAAACAGAUAAUCAUUGUGAAACAUUGCGAAUCAUAUUGCGCGAGUGUCGUUAAUUGCUCACGAUUGGAUGGCGAAUUUUUCAAGAGAGACUUGUCAAAAACUGACGUUGCCAAGCGUUGGCUCUGUUAUAACGCUCGGCUAUUCACAAGCAUCCUCGUGGCAUCCACCCCUGAUCAAUUGAUUAUAUCUCGAUGUAACACGCCUUCCAUGAGAUAUUCAUCCGAGAGCAUUGUUUAGUUAUCGUUAGUAAAUUAAUGCUGGUUACAGUUAAUUAACACAGGUGCUAAUGUAAAUUUAUUAGUGCCGGCUGCCAGUGAAUGUAUUAUCGAUUUUGUACAAGCAUCGUGCAACAGAGGCGGAUUCUGCGCGUGCUGUUGCGCUCGUACUCGACACGAUAUUGCGACGGAAGCGAUACCUUGGAGCCACUCGAGAUAGGGCUAACGUUCUGAAGCGCGCGAAGCUAGCUGAAUAUAAUUAUUGACCGUACCCCGUGUCCGCUCAUGUAACGCAGUCGCGCCGUUUGCCCUUGAUCUGCGUAGUCGAACGCGUGAACGCAGCUGGCCAAAAAUUGUCGCUUUGCGAGCAUCACUCUCGACACCUUUUGCCGUCCGUUAGUCCGGUCCCAAAAGCUGCGCGGAUGAAAAUUGAUGAAACCACAAUUGGUGUUAAUGACGUACCACAAUUUCCCCUCGUUGGUGCCGUCCAGCAACCUUCUGCAUCCUCGUUACGUUGCUUUCGGCAUGUCUAUUUCGGGAUCGAUCGGAUUCGCCCCGAAGCUCGGGGAUCUACGCGAUUUACGAACGAGGAUGUAUGAAAUUGUAGGCGCUAACGAUGUUGUUACAGUAAAUAAAACGGAUUCCUUACA